AUGGAUUUUCCUGAUAUGGAUCUCUCGAACUUUGAUCUACCAAACAUGGAUCUCCCAGACAUGAAUCCUCCAGACAGAGAACUUCAGUUGAUACUUAACAGACUUCAGAUGCUAUGUUAUCUGAAUCGCUUGGUGGAUGCAGGAUUUGAUAAUUGGAAAGUGGUGAAGGACAUCACCGAGAAGGAUAUGCAAAUACUUGGAAUGAAGCUGGGUCAUAUAAGAAAACUUCAACGGGAAAUUGCGACUUCGCGAGGAUGGCCCCAAAGUGCCCCACUCAAUGGCCCAUAUGUUUGUUGUGGAGGACAGAAGCAGGAACCUGUGGAGUUAAAGCAAGAAAUAAUGACACAGUUGACGGUUUCUGGAACCCAGUAUUUCGUUGAUGCCAAUGGCAUAGGCUAG